AUGGGGGUCAGCUGUUCGUGCUUCGAGCAAUUUUGGUAUCCUGGGCCGAGUGAGAGGAAAAUCAAAGCAAACUCCAGCUCGAGCUCAGAAUCAGAGGUGCUGGUCGUUGGUGCUGGGCUGGCAGGCUUGGCUUGUGCUCUGCGGCUGCAGGACUACGGCGUCCGGGUGCGUGUGCUAGAGGCACGUGGCCUUGUCGGCGGCAGGGCAUCGCGCGGCGGUGCCGAUUGGGUGCAUGGACAGCAUGUCACAACUUGGAAAUAUCUCAAGCGGUUCAAUAUGCAAACGGACGGCUCAGCCAACGGUUGGGCAACGAAUGUCCCAGGUGGACCCGAGUGCUGGGUUUAUGUUGACGGAAAACUUCGUGGGCCCGACCAGGUACACACCGAACCGAACAGACUAUUCUUUGAUAAAUUUGCGGAUGCAGUAGAGGAGUGGAUUGAAGCCGGGCGCGAGGAUGUCAGCAUGCAGGCGCUUGCAGAUCGUGUCUUCGAACAUCCCCCAACAGAUGAUGAGCGGAGGCUCAUGGAAGGGAUGAUGGCCGAAUGGCAUGCAGCAGACCUCGCUGACGUGGGUGUCUAUGAGGAUGACCUGUACAGCGAUCGCAUCAAGGCACUGGCGAAAGCACGACCCAGCCUUCUGGACGAGGAUGGAGAUGAGGAGCACUGGAAGAUCGUGGGUGGGCAUCAGGGCUUGGCGGAAAAGAUGGCAAAAGACUUAGACUUGAGUUUAUCGACGGUCGUUCGCAAGGUGGAGUGGGCUGGAAAGAGGGUGUGCGUGGAGUGUCAGGGCUCAGAGGCUUCUUUUGCAGCACGUGCCGCUGUGAUCACCGUGCCGCUGGCAUGUAUUCCAGACAUCACCUUCGAUCCCCAGCUGCCCGAGGGCAAGAGGCUGGCGGUAGAGCGGCUUGGCCGAGGGGUAACUACGACGGUCUAUUUGAACUUCAAAGAAAGCUUCUGGCCCGACCGUAUGGCUUUUCUCUUCCAUUCUAUGUCUUCUCAGGUGUUUUGGCCUGGACGGAACAAAAGAGUCCUCACGGCUUACUUCGGAGGACGGACAGCUAACGAACAUCUCCUCGGCAUGAGUGAUGCAGAGAUGACCGGAGAAAUCCUGCGCCAGCUCAGUGUGAUCUUCGACAAGCCCAUGUUGGAGCUGAAUGCUCUGUUCCUGAAGAGCGAAGUCCACCGAUGGGACAACGAUCCCUUUGCAAAGAUGGCCUACUCGUACUGCCCGGUCGGCACUGCACACCUCCGAAGUGCCUUGGGGGAUGCUUGCGGAAAUCUUUUCUGGGCCGGGGAAGCCACCCACCCCACCAAGGGCAGCUUUGCACAUGGCGCGCUGGAAGAAGGCGAGCUCGCAGCGGAGGAGGUCUUGGCGCACCUCGGGAUCCAGGUUUGA